GAAAAAAAAAAAGGAAAAGAAAAAUGGACGACCGCGAUCUCGAUUCCGCCGCGCUCUGGGCCGCCGUCGACUCGGCAGCCGCCGCCCAAGCCUCCCGCCGCGAGCGCCCGCUUCUCCCCAGGCCCCGCUGCCCGGAGGAGGACGACCAUCGAGGAGGCGAGGUGCUGCAGCCCGCCCGUCCCUUCAAGGCCCCGCGACACCUGGCAACGCCGCCCCCGUCCUCUCCUCUGCAGAUGAUGCCCCAGUCCUCGCCCGACGCCGCCACGAGCCCGAGGCUCGUCGUCUUCGACAGCCCCCCGCCCCCUGCCUGCUUCGCCGCCCACGACCCCUUCCCCGCCGUCUCCGUUGCCAACUUCAGAAAGUACCAGGAGGCAGCCCUCUCGAUUCUAGAUAAAAGCGAUUACACCUCCAUCAGUGGGAAUCCAUACAUAAAGAAAUCAGGCUGGAGAAAAAUAUCAUGUUUCUUCAAUAUCUCUUUUGAAAUCAAGGACCGCUCCAUUGAGUUUGAUGAAAACCGCAAUGUCAAGCGUGCUGAGUUUCUCGUUCGAGCGUCUAUGCAAGGUGGCAGGUUUUCGGAUGGUUGGGGUUCGUGUGAUCGGCGCGAGAAAAAACUUAACAAACCUAACCAUGAUGUUCCUAGCACAGCUGAAACCAGGGCUAAGAACAAAGCUUGUCAGGACCUUGUUGGUAUCGGAAAUAGCCGUCCAGGAUGAUACAUUAAAGAACAGGUCUGGCUGAUAAUCUGCUAUACCGAGGACUGAAACAGUGAGCAAAAAGCGUCGGCAGCUUCCCCCGAUGGAUAUACCGCUAAUUUUUAUCUCCUGCAGCAUCACACAACAUUUUUCUCAGAAUCUCCCGCUUUCAUCCGAGCUUGGUUAACUAAACAAUCAUUAGGCGGGGUAAAUACUUAACUCGUUCUUUUGGUGAGGGCAUAAGAACUUGGGUUCCAGUGUUGCCGUUGGAAAUACUCAAAUGCAUGCUUUACGUCAUUGCACCAGAUGAAUCUUUUCUAACAAAGUGAAGUGCUGUGGCAGGAUUAGAGCAUCUGGAGAAGUCUAGUCAAAUGGUAUUAUGAGUAGGCAGAAAAAAAAUAGCCAUAUUUUUAUGCACUUAAAGAGAUUAGUUAAAUCACACUAUCCAUAGUUUUUUUUUUUUAUCCUAACAGUUAGAAAUAGAGAGUGACGUGGAGGAUGGCUAGCUAGUUUGGCUGGCAAACCAGCCCGUUUGGUUUGUGGGAUGACUAGCCAAGCCUAAUGGUUAGCCUUGUGGAGUGUAUUUUGUUUAGCCGCCUUAGUUAAAAAAAUCUUGGAGUGCUUAUCUCUCACAGAUUCCCUUGGUAUAUACUCCUCUCCCUUAUUAUGUACUCGGUCUGUCUGUCCUUAAAUAUUUAACGUUGUUGAAUUUUUUAUAUACG